UCACUCCUAACUUCUCCCGAGCCUCUAGAAGAGAAAUGCGCUCUUCUGGGUCCUAAUGGAGUCUGGCAGAAGGCUUUGGACAGAACAGGGACUAGGUUCUGUGGACAGAAACAAAGCGUUUGGGAGAGACUAUGGCCAGUGGUCAAGCGCACCCUCCGUUUGAGGAGGAGAGCCCCCAGCCUAGCACAUCGAUGCAGUCCCCUCAGGUGGUGACGGAUGAUGAAGUGCCAGGACCAUCAGUCCCUUGGGUAGAUCCCAGUCCCCAGCCUGAAUCUCUUGGCAUGAAAAAGAAGAGGGAAUGGUCAGAUGAAUCCGAGGAGGAGCCGGAGGAGGAGCUGGAGUUGGAGCGCGCCCCUGAGCCCCAGGACACCUGGGUGGUGGAGAUGCUGUGUGGGCUCAAGAUGAAGCUGACACGCAAGCGAGCAUCCUCCGUGCUCCCUGAGCACCACGAGGCCUUCAACAGGCUGCUUGAGGAUCCUAUCAUUCAAAAAUUCCUGGCCUGGGACAAAGAUCUGAGGGUGUCAGACAAGUAUCUCCUGGCUAUGGUCAUAGCGUACUUUAGCCGUGCCGGCCUCUUCUCGUGGCAAUACCAACGCAUUCAUUUCUUCCUGGCUCUCUACCUGGCCAGUGACAUGGAGGAGGACAACCAGGCCCCCAAACAAGACAUCUUCUCCUUCCUCUACGGCAAGGACUACUCCCAGCGACCCUUGUUCCAUAAGCUUCGAUACCAGCUCAUCUGCUCCAUGCGUUGGAGGAUGUGGGUUUCCCCAGAGGAGAUGGAGGAGAUCCAGGCUUAUGACCCAGAGCACUGGGUGUGGGCCCGAGAUCGCACCCUCAUUUCCUAG